AUGUCCGUCUCAACCUUUAAUCCUCUUGGGCGAUCCCGAAGUCUUCGAACUUCGACAGCCUCAAGCAACUUGAGGCUCCCUUCAAGCACCAACUCACAACCACCCUCUGGCCCCUCAUACGUUGCUCUUUUCAUAACGAAUCUUCGACUUCUGGAUCUCGAUUUGCGAGAUGACUGGCCAGAUAUCACGGCGGUAACAUUCUCUACCAAGGAUGCGCAACAGAAUCAAAAGAAACGAAUACAGAGUGUAGAGUGGGCACUGUUUCAGCUAUUUGCAAUUUGGGAUCCGGAAGAGACUCGAAAUAAAUUACAACCAUUUUUCCCACCACUCGAACCUCUCCAGUCCCUCAAUCUGCGCACCGCAUUGUUUCGAUGUCUCGACCAGGCCAAGAAGAAUGGAGUCCUUGGACGAGAUACUGUACUGCGGAAAACUAUGUUGGACGAAUGCAAGGGUGAAAGGCUGGAGGAAGUUUUGGCGGUAUUUUCAAACGCUGUUCUGAAAAGGGUCGUGGAGGAUGACACCUCUGGACGAUACGAAGCUCUUGCCCAACAACUGGCACUGGAGAACUUCUCAUACACAGGAGAAAGGACAAUACUAUCGGCCUUGAUAUUGGCACACAAGAAAUCUUUGGGCAAGCAUAUUGCUGAGAAGAACAAUUUAAGAGCCAAAUAUAGCGACUUUUCUGAAACACUUGAGCUCAAUGAUCAACAAACUCUAAAGCGACGGGAAGAUCUGAACCAUGAGAUGAAUGAAGGAGAAGGCCAUACUGGAUUAUCCGAUAGAGAUCUAGGAUCAUUGCAAAAUACAUUCCGCAAGAAUUGGUCUGGUAGUAACGAGUGGCUGGAAACGAUUCUUUACGGAGAUAAUAGGCCCAGUAGAGAGGGACUGCUGGCCAAGCGUUUUGAUGAGCUUUGGGAACAGAUUGAGAAUGGUACUGUUGCAGACAUAGAAGGAAAGAAUGAUACCGGGCUCGUUAAACGGCUAGAGGCGCGAGUGCAAAAUCAAGAGAGCCGUUUAGCUAGAUGGCAAGAAUUCGGACGGACUUUGACUCGAAACGGUACCAAAUCACCCACCAAAAAGGUGCAGGCAGUUCCUGUCGAGGAGAAGGGCAUCAAACUUGGUUUCAACGACCACCAGACAUUACAAAUCGGGAAGUAUUCUACAAAGGAUGCCAGUUCCGUGAACAUCCCCAUUCUAGAUGAAUAUGCUCGUUUAAUGGAAAGAACUCGCAAUGCGUUGAAUGAUGUAUCCAAGCAAAAGGCGUUUUCCAAAGAAAACAUCAUACAGGGUGGCUCGAAUAAAAGGCUCAACCAGCCUUCUAUUGAUUUAGCCAAAGAGUCAUUGUCACCAAGUAAUCAGGAUGGGGACAUAUCUCCAUCAGCCAAUGUAUCUCCCGACCAUUCGCCUGUCUCGGUGGGAAUUCUUGAUGCUGCCGAGGUUUCUACUUCUCGUAGUCGCGAGAAUGAAUUGAUUAGUACACCGCGUUCGAGAAUAUCCCACAGACCAAUUCCCAUUGGGUCUUCAUCAAUCAUUCUGCCUGAACAGGCAUCGGACGAUCUCGGUGUCGCUAGUGAGAAAUUAUAUGAGGCCACAACUGUAACAUCGGCUAUCAAAGACGACUAUAUAUCUGCCACUCCAAGCGCUAUGAGAUCAUCCCGUCGCCCCGUCUCUUUUGACAAAGACCCAGAACGUGAAUUUGGAAGAACCUCAGCUGAGACUCCCGUAUCAAUCACGAGGAGACAUACAAUGAUAUCACAGCCGAGUCCAUCUCCUUCUAAAUCAAUUCAGGCCUCUGAAAACCCUCUCGGACCUGUUCCGGAGCUCAGCCAAGCAGAGCAGAUUUUGAACUCUAUGUCAGCUGCAUCCCCAUCGCCACAAAAGUUGAAACGCUCGUUGUCUUUAGCAGAACGUACCCGUCUUACCAUGGCUCGUUCGAACCCACGAUACUCGAAAUCCAACCUUAACGAUGAUUUUGAUGAUUUGCCAGAUAUGGAUCGCCUCACUCUAAAUCCUAAGUCUAGAGCCACACCUGUCAAGUCUUCGGUAACAGAAGAAGAAAAACAUGCGGACUUGAUAGAACGUACACGUCAGUCUAUGGCAGGCUUUGAGGCAGCCCAAAAGAAGGCACAGUUAGAGCGAAGGCAAAGUAUCAAAGAUGAAAAGAGGAAACAGCGACAAUCACAUUUCCCAAAGGUUGUUCAAGAGGAAGAAGAUUCGUUAUCUCCCGCCACGCCAGCAAUUGAUCGAGAGGUGUUGAUGGAUGGAAACGAUGUCGAUUAUGCCAGUGUUUUCAUGAGUAGACCGAGAAUUGCUGUUAGUCCGACUCCAGCGAAGGAUAGGAUGAUAUCAUCUAUGAUUGAAAGCGAGGAUGAUGAAUCGGAGGACAUGGAUGAGGGUAUGAGGAUGGGUGUGGAUGCGGAUUACAAAAAUGCUUUCAUGAGUAGACCAAGAAUCGCUUUGAGCCCGACGCCGGCUAGGAAUAGGAGAAUCAUGGAUAAUGAUGUGCAAGAGGAAGGAGAAGCAGAAGCCGUAAAUAUGUGGCAUGAUCUUUGA